AGAGGGCGCUAAAUCACAGACUUUCUGUGUGAGUGAAUAUCAACAAAAACACAUGUUGUUUCAUUCUUAAUCUAGUUACGUGAAUUAAUUGUUCCAGUUCAAUCAGUGCUGUUGUGCUGUGGUGGUGUGUGACACGUGUGAUUUCAGGAAUGGACACUGUUUGGGUAACUUAUCGAUCUGUUAAUAUAAUAGAUCAGAUGUAAAAACACGAUUUAAAAUGAGAGUAGUUUAGUUAGUUACACUGAACUGACAUAGUAAUGGUGAUUUUACAGUGACGUUUAUUCUGCCGAACCAGACCUAACAGACACGCAAAAACUCUCUCUCCAUUUUGACUCGCCAAAUGUCCUGCAAUCGUCUCAAUUUUUAAUUACAUUGUAGAAGAAGUCCUUUUGUGUACGACUACUACGAAUGAACAAUGGAACUCCAUGUAUUGGAACUGCUCCUUCCAGUGUUUGUGAUUCUAUUCGUCUACUACGAUGCAGUGUGUGGGAUUGAAUUUCCAAAAGACCAACGAGAAGUUGAGUUCCCUCCGAAUGUUCCCAAGCAACGAGCCAGCUCGACUGUACCCAUUGGACAUCUCAGACCCUUUGGUUACCAGAGAAAGCCAGAGGGAAGGGUCUUCGAAUACAAUGAAUUCCUUCAUCCAGCGCAGUUUCACGAAUCCCAUGUCAGCAAAAAGAAACCAGUCGUCUUUCGCAAGGCAGUUCUGGAGUCCCCUGCUCUAAGAAAGUGGACCGACGAAUAUUUACUAGAGCGCUAUGGAGAUUUGGAUGUUAUCGUCGAGAGAAAGAAAGAGAACAGAGAGGUGCGACCGAAGCGAAUGAAGUUUGCUGAAUUCUUGAAGCGCUAUCAGACGGAGAGUUUCUACAUUGUGUCUCUGAUCCCACAGGAGAUGUCCCAUGAAGUUAAGGUGCAUGAAAGCCUUCUGUGUGGGACGUUCAAACGCCGUCUGCUGGAAACCAACUUGUGGAUGAGUAGCGGCGGAACUGCCUCACUCAUCCAUUAUGAUGCUGAUCAUAACGUACACUGCCUCCUGGCUGGAAGAAAAGACUUCAUAAUGAUUGAUCCAAAAUACUCACAUGAACUCCGCAUUGACGAUCCGCAUCUGAUGACAGGCUCAGGAUUCUCUAAAUUGGAUGUAGACCAAAUCAACUUGUUCCAAAACCGUGAUGUAGCUAAUGUACCGUGGCGCUGGACAACACUAAAACCCGGCGAUUGCAUUUUUAUUCCAGGAGGUUAUCUCCACCAGGUGCGGUCCUACUCGCGUAGUAUUUCAGCCACCAUUCUGUUUGCAUCAGCCCCUACGUUCGACAAAUCAGAUUGUGAGAAUGCGACCUUUGAGUACACUGACCUGACACAGGUCAGGGUCAUGUGGACUUAUAAGAAGGGGGAUAAGCUGAUUGAGGUAGGCUACAUGGAUGCAGAAAGAAUUCGAGACGAUCUAAUAUCUCUCCUGAGGGAGACAGACAAGCUAUCAGCCCAUCAAUUUGGCUUAUUCUUCAAAGGAAUUACUCACGAAGAUGACGAGGAAGUAGCCGCUGAGAUGGAAAAUAUACCAAUAGAAGCGUACGAGAUAUUUGCACUCUUCGACACCCAAUCAAAAGGAUUCAUAACUCGGAAAGAAAUUGAAGAUAUGGACAUCGAGACGCUGAAAGAUUUUGCUCGAAUUCUAGACCAACCAACUGUACCAUAUGAACCGACUGAUGUAGAGCAUGACGAACUUUAACCUUUGACCUCAACUUAUAUCAGUGAUUUAUACCAGUCUCCUUUUGAUGGGUCACAUGUUUUCUGUGCCUUAUAAAUAAUAUAUUUACCAGUACUUAAUGGAAUAUUACAGAAUUGGUAAGAAAGAAAAUCGUGACGAACACAGAUUUACAUAAAACAUACACUGUCUAUAAUGAUGAGGGUAGUAGAAAACAUCCCUUGAAAUUAUUCUGUCUGAAAUGUCAAAUUUUAUGAGAAAUAAAUAAACUUUCUUUCCUGUUGGGAGUUUACGCUCAGUGAGCGUUUGUUCAUUUGUUUGCAUCAUGUCAUGCAAUUGGUUUUUCACUUUUUUCUCGCAACCCAUGAUGGACCAUCAAUCUCAAACUUCUACAGGUUUGUCAAUUUAUGUAUAUGGUGGAUUAUAUAAAGUGCUUUUGUUUUGCUGGCAAAGUGCUUUUUUUUUUGUAGCAAAAACCAAUUCUGUAAUAUUCCUGUAAUAUUUAUCUUACUCAGAUUGGAUUAAUAUUGGAACUUUUUCCCUUCUUACAUCCCUAGUACUACUUUAAUUUUUAAAUUUUAUAGAGUUAUUAGACAGUGUUUAAAGGGAAGGUACACGUUUGGUAAUUACUCAA